AUGAACUGGCACCCGUACAACGACUUGGGGUAUUCGCAAAGCGCGGGCUACACCAUCGUUCGCAACGACGUGGGGAACCCCCAGUUCGUCGAAAGCUGCCCGAUUGGCGCCCCUCUCACAACUUGCCCCUCGUCGAAAUUCGACCUCGUCCUGGGCCUCAGUGCCACGUCCCCCCUCGUCAACGCCUCCCGCCGGGGGUUGGGACCCUUCGUCGCUAAGCGAUAUAUCGUGGCGGCUGUGGUCUCGCAUGCCUUUCGCGUUGUCGGGUUUCAAUAG